CGCAUUCGCAGUCUGGACUCCAGCGUGAGUGGAUCAACAUUUUCGCACAGCUCUGUGGUGUGAUUAAAUUUUCAGUUUUAUUCAAUUCUCAUUUCAAAUUGAGAAAUUAAAUUUUAUCAUCUUCUGAGUGUGGUUUGGCGCUAAAAAAAAUACGAGAAAUAUUGUUGAAUGAAAUUUUUGUGAGCUACGUCGUCAAUAAGAAAUAUUUCCUCGGCACGUCGUGAGGCAGAAAUCUCCGUGACAAUAAAGGUGCGCGAGGAGCAACAAAGAUUCAGAAUUAUUAGGGACCCCCGGAUAGCAUGACGGGAAUGACAGUGUCAGAGCCUGCGGGGCAGAACUACCGGAAGCUACCGCAGUACAUUGCAGCUCUGUCAGCAGCUGGAGGUGCUCUUGCUGCUGGUACAGUAUUGGGAUGGACAUCACCCACACAGCAUGGUCUUGUUGAUGAGCAGGAGUAUGGCUUUGAGAUCUCACGAGAGGCCUUCUCGUGGAUUGGAUCCGCCAUGACUUUGGGUGCUGCAGCUGUUUGCAUCCCCAUUGGGCUCCUUAUUAAUCUCAUUGGGCGCAAACUGACGAUGCUCUUGCUGGUGCUGCCCUUCACUCUUGGGUGGGCUCUCAUCAUUUGGGCCACAAGUGUACCCAUGAUGCUUGUUGGGCGUGUCCUUGUGGGCAUCUCCGGAGGGGCAUUCUGCGUCACCGCACCAAUGUACACGGGUGAGAUUGCAUCAAAGGAAAUUCGUGGUAUUCUUGGGAGUUUUUUCCAGCUUAUGGUCACCAUUGGUAUCCUCUUUGUCUACGCUGUUGGGCAUGGAGUUAAUGUCUUCACACUCAGCAUCAUUUGUGCUGUUAUUCCCCUUAUUUUCGGCGUAAUCUUCUUCUUCAUGCCCGAAUCCCCGCUGUAUCUAGUCACAAAGGAUAAAAUUGGAAAGGCCACGGAGUCCAUCAAAUGGCUGCGUGGUGACAAGUACGAUCACAAUGCUGAGCUUGCGGAUCUUCAGCAGCAAAUUGAUGAAAUUCGCGCCCAGCCGGUGUCGCUGGCUGUAGCCAUGCGUCGUCGUGCCACCAUAAGGGCUCUCAUCAUCUCAAUGGGACUUAUGUUUUUCCAGCAAACCUGUGGCAUCAACGCCGUCAUCUUCUACACAACAGACAUCUUUGCUGCUGCCAAUACGGGCAUUGAAGCCGGCUUAGCUACAAUCAUCGUGGGAAUUAUGCAAGUUGGUGCCACAUUGGUUUCAACGGCUGUUGUCGAUCGCCUCGGCCGUAGGAUCCUUCUCAUUUCCUCAAUUUCCGUCAUGUCCAUCUGUACCAUCCUCAUGGGUGUGUACUUCUUCCUCAAAGACCAGGAUCCAACACAAACGGAAAAUCUCGGCUGGCUCCCAAUUGUUUCCCUUUGCAUCUUCAUCGUGAUGUUCUCCUUUGGUUUUGGCCCAGUCCCGUGGCUCAUGAUGGGUGAACUGUUUGCAUCGGACGUCAAGGGAUUCGCUGGCCCCAUUGCGGGUACAACAAAUUGGCUGCUUGCCUUUGUCAUCACGAAAACUUUCGUUAAUCUCAAAGAUGCAAUUGGUGCUGGUGAAACAUUCUGGCUCUUCUCUGGCUUUUCCAUCGUUGGACUCGUCUUUGUGUUCUUCCUCGUGCCCGAGACAAAGGGAAAAUCCCUCACGGAGAUUCAGGAACUCCUCAAUGGUUCCUCACGGCAGGUACAACCAACAACUUCCGUCACAACUGUGAGCAAUCUCAGUGAGUCCGAUGUGAAGAAUUGACGAUCUCCACGCCAUUCAUUCCAAACAACAAAUUUUGUGCAAUAAAAUUUUUUUCAAAGGGGUUUCUUCUAUAAAACUCCCAAAAGAAACAGGUAAAGAAAAGAAAAACCAACAGUGAUCAAAUAGUCCAAAAGUAACCCAAAAGAGAUGAGAGAAAAUGUAUUUCUCACAUAAUAUCAGACAAACACAUCAAUAGAAGGCAUUAUUAUAUUGUGUAAGAUACCAAAGAAAGACUCCUAUUUUGUGGAUAACAAAAAAUAUAUUUUGUACACGUAAACAGCAGAGGUUGACCUUUGCUGAUUAUACAAAAAAUAUCACCUUGGUUAAAAUUUAGUUGAUUUUUUUAUGUUAAAGUUAUGUUAACAUAAAGAAAAAAAUUGUAAAGAAAUUAGCAUAAAUUAAAAAUAUUUUUAAAACAAGUCAAUAAUAAAAAAAAAGUACUUUCUGUAAGAGAAUUAAUUUGUAAAGGUUUGUAAUAAGAAUUCUGUGUAAAAAUUGAGUUAAAAUAAUCAAAAAUUCAUUAAAAAUUAAUUAUGAGAAUCAUAUAAUUUUUUUUAGUUAUUUGCAUGGAAACGAUUUUUCUUAAUAUACCAAUUUUUUCAAGAGCCUGAAGAAGGUAAAAAAAUUGCCAAAAAUCAAUUAAAAAAUUAAUAAAACACAAUUUCCAAUUAAAAAGCAGAAGUCAGUUGAAUUUUCCUUUUUCAAAUUUUUUUUUACCGCUAACAUUUCGGUUUUGAAAGGAUCUUCUUCAGGGCCUAUGACAAUGAAUAUAAUUAACUGAAAAAAAAAUUAGAACAGUUUGUUAAGAAAAUUUCAAGUAAGGAAAACAAUGAUAUUGUAAUACAAAGUCCUAAAAAAAUGUUUUACGUCCAUGAGGAAGGUCCUAAUUUGUUCGAAAUGUCAGUAAAAUGUAAUAAAAAAUAAACAGAACUUAUACCAAUUUCCGCAUUUUCAUCCCAUAUUAAAAUUUCACGAUAGCAAUCGCCAAAUUUUUUUAAAGGUAUUUUGUGCCAAAACUUUGUAAAAAAAGAGUUUUUUUUUCAGGCCGAAAAUUGAGGAAUAAUUUUUAUUUUCGUCUAAUUGAAAAUUUUUAAGACAAUCAUCUAAUUACCUAAAUCUAGUCAAAAAUUAAAGUCAAGAGGAUUGUCUAAGAAUAUUAUUUAAGCUCAAAGUUUUAAAUGAUCUUCUACACUUCUACAGAAUAUUCAUAAAGAUUACUUGAAAAAAUAAGUUUUUUAGGGAGCUGCAAAACUACAAACCUUUACAAUUUCUUUGGAUUAUUUUUCAAAGACUUUUAAAAAUAAUUUUUCAAUUUUAAUGAUAUUCUUUUUUAUGCUAUAAAUUUAUUUUAAUGGAUGGGCUUUAAAAUAUGUAUAAAUAAAAAUAAAUAAAUAAAAAUGAAUGUGAAUAAAGAAAAUAAUUCUAUUGUACAAUAAAGUUUAUGAACUGUUAAUGAAAAAAAGUGAAAAAAAUGUUAAAAAAAAAAACAUAAUCAUUGUGUUAUAGAGAAUUAUGUAAGAGAAAUUAUAUAAAUAUCAGUCGGAAGUAA